AUGGCAUCUGUCGUUAUUAGGAAUCGUACUCAUAAUAAGAGCAACAAACAUAUUUGGACUUAUAAAAUUUCAAAUGAAUCAAAUAGUAAUGAACUUGAAUGGACAUUUAUAUUUAAAGAUGACGUUAAUUCUGGUGAUGCAUCAAAAAUUUCAUUAUCAAAUUAUACAACAGUCUUACAAGAAUUAAUGUUUAAUCAAGAAAUUCAAUCUAAACAUGAAUUUUUAUAUUUAGGAAUAUGUGGACCAACAUUUGAUAAUGAUCAUCGAACAUUAUCAAAUAAAAAUAUACAAAUAAUAGUCUUUUGA